AUGGCUUCCACACCCAGUUUUGCUCCUUUUGUGUUUCUAUUGCUUGUUAUUGGUUGCACUGCAAGGCCUUUCUAUCCACUUCCCAGCAAAGGUGAUGGUGGAAGUAGGAAGCCCCUACAAAAUUUCCGCCCGUAUAACAUUGCACAUCGCGGUUCAAAUGGAGAGAUUCCUGAAGAAACUCAUCUUGCAUACACGAGAGCCAUUGAAGAAGGGGCAGACUUUAUUGAAACUGAUAUCCUAUCAUCCAAAGAUGGUGUUCUUAUAUGUUUCCAUGAUGUUACCCUUGAUGAAACUACUGACGUUGCAAAUUACAAAGAGUUUGCUAAUCGUAAAAGAACAUACGAAGUCCAAGGGGAAAACAUCACUGGGUUCUUUACUGUUGACUUCACAUUAAAAGAGUUAAAGUCACUCAGGGUGAGACAGAGGUAUAAAUUCAGGGAUCAACAGUUUAAUGGAAUGUUUCAAAUCAUCACUUUUGAAGAGUUCAUUACCAUAGCACUCGAUGCAGACAGAGUUGUUGGAAUAUAUCCGGAGAUAAAAAAUCCAGUAUUUAUCAAUCAACAUGUUAAAUGGUCAGAUGGCAAAAUAUUUGAGGACAAGUUUGUGGAGACACUUCAGAAAUAUGGGUUCAAGGGUUCCUACCUCUCAAAUAAUUGGCUGAGACAACCUGUAUUUAUUCAGUCAUUUGCUCCAACUUCACUGGUGUAUAUAUCAAAUAAAACAGAGUCGCCCAAAAUUUUAUUAAUUGAUGAUGUUGACAUUCCAACUCAAGACACCAAUCAGUCAUAUUGGGAGAUUACAUCUGAUGAAUACUUCAACUACAUAAAACAAUAUGUUGUGGGAAUUGGACCGUGGAAGGACACGUUGGUACCUGUCAUAAAUAAUUAUAUGAAAACUCCUACUCAUCUUGUUUCCAGGGCACAUGCUCAUAACCUGCAGGUGCAUCCAUACACUUACCGAAAUGAGAACCCGUUUAUGCACUUCAACUUUAGUCAAGAUCCGUAUAUGGAGUAUGAUUACUGGAUCAACAAGAUAGGAGUUGAUGGUCUGUUUACAGACUUCACUGGUAGUCUUCACCAUUUUCAGGAAUGGACUUCUAAACGCGUAGACCACGAGGAGGAGGAUAUGAAUGACAAGACUGCAGCCAAGCUGUUGCAUAAAAUUGCUUUGUUGCUCUCCUCUUAUAAAUUAUCUUGA